UGAAAAAAAGCAAACCUGGGCGGCAACGGCGGUCAUCUCAUCCUCUCUUUUCAUUAUUAUCAUGAUUCAUUCAAACUUUACUUAUUUGAAAUUCUUAGCAGGAUUUGCACAUUUAUAUUUUCAAUCUCUCUCAAGGUGUGGCAGAUAUUGUUUGUUGGCUGCAUGUUCUCUUUCCGAGAUGCUGUGAGAGUUCAGCUUUGAUGAUUUCCUAAUGGAUCUGAAGCAGAGCCGGCGGAAAACCAUCCGACAAGAGCGCAAGAAGAUUAAAUUGCAAGGCCUCACACUGAAGAGACUUCGAGGCAACGACAUUAAGGUGAUGAUCAUCGUCGGAUGGGGCCAGGUGUACUUGACGCGGGAAUUCUUUCAUAUGAUUGGCUCAAGAAUGGGCGACCAGGUGAUGCUGAUUAUUGCGGAGGAUAGCGUCGGCAGAAUGGUGGGGGGUGCUCUGAAUUUUGUUGGGGAAGAUAGCCUCUUCGGUCGAAAUUGGGGAUGCCGACCGGGAACGUACUACGACUGUCUUCACUUUGAGGCAUGCUACUACCAGGUUGAUAUGGAAAUGGACCUCCUCAACCAGUGUAACCCGUUCAAGGACAGGACGAAGUCAUCACAGGCCUAAAACUGUCUUUCGGCAUUUCGGUCUGCUGAGUGUUCCAUGGUUACUAUGUCUGUAAUACUCCUUAUGUAUAUUCUAUUAGUUCUAUCGUCUUGAAGAAAAGAGCAGGAGGGUUCAAACUUUGGAGUGGACAACGCGCGACGCGAUUGAUCCCACAAAGUUAUGACAGAGUGGCUCUGUGAUCUUCCUCCCAGGGGCAAACAUCAGAAACAGAUGCUGCUUCUUCUAGCAGGGUAUAAUAAUGCUCUAAUGGGAGAGUUGUGGGACAGGCAGAAUCAUACCGGUGUGUUCUCCAUCCAUUUGGGCCUACACUGCACCUGUUCAGGCAUCAGAGAAAGAAACAAUCUAUUCUAGAAAACAGGGGAGCGUUGAUGCAAUAGAUUGGACUUCUCUUCGAGUUUCAGGCUGUGAUUGUUCGUAGAGAGACCAGAAAGAUAUGGAGAAGAAGAAAGUUGUUCAGGUAGGAGUGUCCCGUGCAGCGGGGCAGGUUUCAGUUAUAAAGUGUUGCAGACAAAAGGCUGCACUUUGAUUGUUCGUAGAGAGCAGAAAGAUAUGGGGAAGAAGACAAAGGGCUUUUUGACGACCACGGAAGGAGGAGAAGGAGAAAAUAGGACAGUAAUGUACAGCACAGCGAAGGCAAGCAUUUCCAGACAAAGUACCUUUUGGAAAAAGGAGAAGGAGAAUGCUUGGCAUGGGAUGGCGCGUUGACAUUCAGCUAUGCGAUAGUCGAUUGGAGGGAGAUCGUUGAGAUGUGAGCCGGAUGCAUGUGACUGUGCGGCGGCGGCGGCGGCAGCGGAGGAGGAGGAGGAGGAGGAGGAGCUACCAGGGGUCCUUCGCAGCAUGUACGCGAUGAAGGAGGAGGAGAGAAUAGGACAGUGAGGUACAGCACAGCGAAGCAAAGCAUUUCCAGACAAAGUACCUUUCGGAGAAAGGAGAAUGAGAAGGAGAAUGCUUGGCACGGGAUGGCGCGUUGACGUUCAGCUCUGCGAUAGUCGAUUGGAGGGAGAUCGUUGAGAUGUGAGCCGUAUGCAUGUGACUGUGCGGCGGCGGAGGAGGAGGAGGAGGACGAGGACGAGGACGAGGACGAGGACGAGGACGAGGAGGACGAGGAGGACGAGGAGGAGGAUGAGCUGCCAGGGGUCCUUCACAACGUGUACACGAUGAAGGAGCUGUCUUGCCAUUUCUCUGAACUUUCUGAAAGUGGAUCUGCUACUAUGGAUCCUUCAGGGACAUUGCAGCCCUUUAUAAAAAAAAUGGGAAUGAUACACAGAAGAUUAGCGAGGGCCCUGCACACGCAUAAGAAAGAAAAGAAAAGAAAAGAAAAAAAGGAUCUUCUGCUAGACGGCUAGCGAGUGCUGUCCAAUGAUUGUGUUCCUGAAUAUACAACUGCCAACUGGAACAAGGACGAGGAGAGAAAAUGGCAAAAUGCGAUCGAAGUCCCUAAAAUGGCAUUCAUGGAAGUAGCCUUGUUGAUUCCAAUGAGUGUUCUGGCGAAGUUUCGGACGAAUCGUCAUCGUCUGUGUCUACGGCGGCCGGCUCGGUGAAAGGUUUGGUGCAAUCAGCAAAUUGGCGGCAAUAGCUUGGUCUAUGGUAGCAACCGCGCUGUCUAUUCUCUAGCAAUUUGCAAAAGGGACUGCUAAGGAAUUCCGCACGAUCCCAGCCAGUCCCUUUCCCUCAUUAGGACAACUGUCUUCAUUCAUCAACUUCAGACUCUCUGCUCCUGUUGCCCCACUCUCCCUUUCCCUCCUACCUGGUACUUUGUGUGUAUUAUUAUAGGUAGUGAUGGCUUGGGUACUUUUGAAAGUUUGAUAAGAAUAGUCUGUAGACUCUGUACAAUAUCCUCUUUCAGCUUUCAUUGGAUUUGUAUGAAAUUGUCUUUUCACACUUCUUGUCUUCACAAGUGGAUGGACUGCAUUCAACAUGUCAUAUAAAAAAGUAUAAAAAUAAAAAUAAAAGGAAGGGAAAGGC